GUACCUUAAAAAUUCAAUAUUCUCCAAUUGUCUCCUCUGGUAAAAUAUGUCUAUUUUUUUGGUGUUCUUUUUGGAUCAAUUCACAAAAAUAGUACUAUAUGCUUGUAGAUUUGGGUCUCUCCAAAAAUAGUUAGAUUGAUAAAUAUUCUGAAUGAAAUGAAGAGCAGCAAUAACUAUUUUAGCUGCUUCUUUCUUCUUUGUUUAUUGCUAUUUGUGUCUGUAAAUUCUUUUGAGGAAGAACUGAAUGUGAAGAGAUCACAAUUCCCAGAUGGCUUUCUUUUUGGAGCUACCACUUCAGCUUAUCAAAUUGAAGGGGCAAUUCUUGAAGAUGGCAAAGGGUUGAGCAAUUGGGAUGUUUUUACUCAUACUAAAGGAAGGAUAAAGAAUGGAGAUAAUGGAGAUAUAGCGGAUGAUCAUUACCAUCAAUUUCAGGAAGAUGUUCAGUUAAUGCACUCUACCGGCUUGAAUGCGUAUCGCUUCUCCAUCUCAUGGAGCAGAGUCCUUCCUAGAGGAAGGUUUAGUAAAGUAAAUUUUGCUGGUGUUACAUUCUACAACAAACUCAUUGAUUCUCUCUUACACAAAGGAAUAACACCAUUUGUGACUCUCAAUCACCAUGACCAUCCACAAGAACUUGAGGAAAGAUAUGGGGGCUGGCUUAAUCCUCUCAUGCAGGAAGAAUUUUUCUAUUUUGCUCGAAUUUGUUUCGAGAAUUUUGGCGAUAGAGUGAAGUAUUGGACCACGAUCAACGAGCCAAAUAUGUUUGCAGAAAUGGCCUAUGUAAGAGGAGUUUACCCACCUGCUCACUGUUCCCGGCCUUUUGGCAACUGUUCAGCUGGAAAUUCUGAUACCGAACCUCUUGUUGCCAUGCAUAACAUGUUAUUGGCACAUGCCAAGGCUGCAAAAAUGUAUCGUGAGCAUUUCCAGCCUAAAUAUGGUGGAUUGAUAGGAAUUGUUGUGCAUUCAUUUAUGUAUAAACCUUUGAGGAAUAAUGACUUUGACCGUGACGCUGCUAACAGGGCUAUUGCAUUUACUGCUGCUUGGGUUUUUGAUCCUUUGGUAUAUGGAUAUUACCCUCCGGAAAUGCGUAAAUAUCUUGGAAGUGCACUACCGAGUUUCACCUCCGAUGAACGAAAACUUAUCAAAGAUAGUAUUGAUUUCAUGGGAAUAAACCACUACGGGACUCUGUAUGCUAAGGAUUGCAUUUAUUCUAGUUGUGUUUGCUCCAAUUCUAGUUGUAUUGCGGGUGGAGAUCACCCUAUUCAUGGAUAUCUCAUUACUCUUGGAGAGAAAGAUGGCGUUUCAAUCGGAGAACCGACAGGAAUGUCUCGGUUUUUUGUUGUUCCUAAAGGACUGGAGGAGAUUGUGGACUAUAUGAAGAAGAGAUAUCAUAACAAACCUAUGUUUCUCACUGAAAAUGGCUACUCUUCCCUGAAUCCUACCACUGCACAGGCAGAAGAGUUACAGCAUGAUACUAAGCGAGUCGAAUUCCAUAAAUCAUAUCUUGCAUCAUUGGCUCGGGCAAUCAGGAAUGGCGCUGAUGUACGCGGUUAUUUCAUUUGGAGCCUGAUGGAUAAUUUUGAGUGGACGAAUGGAUACGAGUUGAAAUUUGGUCUAUACUACGUUGAUCGCUCUACUUUAGGUAGAGUUCCCAAGCUUUCAGCUAAAUGGUAUAGAGAUUUCUUGACUAACAGCAGCAUCAAUGGUGAAGAAAUAGGGAAGGCAAUUUUAUUCAAGUAUACACAAGCAGAUCAUUUAUCAGAUAAAUAGUCCUGCAAAAAGUAUACUAUUAAUGAGACGAGAGCUCUAUAUUAUUGAGAAAAACACAAAUUUUUGAGCAUUUGUGCAUUUGCUUUCUGUUUGAAAUUUGAGUAAACAAUGUAUAUACAAUAGUUAGAGCCCACUAAAAAUAUUUUGAAGUUGAUUAAAAGUUUUGAGUUUAAUUAAUAUAAAUUGUCAAACUCCUCUGGUG